UCGUGUUGCCAUGGCAGCACAAACAGUGAAACAUACUAUUAACGAGCAACGGCAUUUCGGAAAACUUGUACUCGCAUCCCAAAACGAUGACUUCCCCUGGGGACUCCCUCUUAAAAUACGACAAUCCUGUUUUGGUGAAAACAAGGGCAGAUAAAAAAUCUCAAAAGGGUCGUACUUUAACAAUGAGCAACCUACCAGCUCCCAGCUUUGCAGCGGGUGUUCCAUCUCCCCCCACUCACAAUGUGGAUGAAAGUAUUCUGCAUGGCAUUUUACCACCCAGAGAAUGGACCGAUGGAGACCAACACUGGGUCCAAAAAGUGUCUACAAGCAUUAGCACAAGAAGAGACGUCAUUCUUCUGCAGGAGCAGCUGAACGUGAAACUCAAGCAAAAGAAGGCCAAACCAACAGGCAUCUGCCCCAUCCGCUGGGUUCUGUUUUCCCAAUGUUUCGAUGAACUCAUCAGACAGGUAACUAUUGAAUGUGCGGAGAGAGGUCUGCUCUUGUGCCGGGUCAGAAACGAGAUGCAGAUGAUGAUAAGAGCCUACCAGAACCUGUCUGAGAGCAGCGUGGCUUUUGGGAUGAGGAAAUCACUGCAUGCUGAGCAGGGCAAGGAAGAAACCCAGACAAAGAUCUUAGACCUGAACACUGAAAACAAAGAUCUGAUGAAGCAACUCAGUGAGUUAAAAGAUAAAUGUGACUUGAUUGAAAAAAGAGAAGCUGAAGAGAAACAACUUAAAGAUAAACAGCACAACGAGGAGAUUCAGUUAAAGGAGAGAGCCAUACAGCAACUCAAGGAUCAGCUGGAAGAUAUACAUUCAGCAAUGAACUUACAAACCAGGAACCCAGCGACCGCGUCCUAAAAAAGGAUGUUAGAAUUUAUAAUAUAUAUGUUAGAUUGUUUUUAAAUGACUGAAUUUACCAAUUAAACAUAAAAACCACAUCUUUUUAGGAUUAAUAGAUACAAACCUCACAUAGAUUUGCUGGUAUUCAAGUAAAAACAGAGAAAUCAGAGUUUUGUGAAUCAUUAGUUUUAUUUCAAUAAAAAGGCUUUGUCAAAAGCCAAUUUAAAUAAA